AUGGAGUUCUUUUCCACGUGGUCGAGUGUUGUGCUGUUGUUCUUCUUGAGUGGAUUUCAACAAAGCAGAGGACAAGAUCGAUGGUACUGGUAUCAACAAGCGAAAUCUCAACUACUGCGGAACGCCGAAGACGAUCGAAACUAUAAUGUUGCCAAGAACAUUAUAUUAUUUAUUGGAGAUGGCAUGGGAAUGACAACUGUAACCGCAUCACGCAUAUUGCGGGGGCAGAAAAAAGGACAAACGGGAGAAGAAAACGAACUUGCUUUCGAUAAAUUUCAGUAUGUGGCUUUGGCAAAGACGUACAACACAGACAGUCAAGUUGGGGACAGCGGGGCCUGCGCUACAGCCCUUCUAUGUGGAGUCAAAGGCAGGUUUGAGACAGUAGGGCUGGAUGACUCUGGAAGAUAUGACCGAUGUAGUAGUAGUCUACAGGCUCGAGUCCCAUGUUUAGCGGACUGGGCACAAGGAGAAGGUAAGAGCACCGGAUUGGUGACAACGACCCGCGUCACACACGCCACCCCGGCCGCCAUGUACGGACACUCGGCCAGUCGUUAUUGGGAGAGCGACGACAAAAUUCCGCAAGACGAUCGGCAACACUGCAAGGACAUUGCUCGACAACUGGUGGAGAACGAUCCGGGGAGAAACAUCAACGUGGUCCUCGGUGGUGGCCGAAGACACUUCCUAUCGCGAGGGUCCGGACAGCAGACGGACAUGGGACGACGGGAGGACGGACGGAAUCUGAUUGAGGAGUGGUUGAAGGACAAAAAGUCACGUGAUUUAGAUUACGAGUAUGUAUACCGAAAAGAAGACUUCGACAAAGUGGAUCCGGAAAAAACCGAUUUUCUUCUAGGGUUGUUCAACCACGGACACAUGGCCUAUGAAGUGGACCGUGAUUCGGGACCAGAAGGAGAGCCAUCACUGGCUGAAAUGACAAAAAAGGCCAUUGAAAUUCUCAGAAAAAAUCCUCGUGGUUAUUUCCUUAUGGUCGAAGGUGGGAGAAUCGACCAUUCCCAUCAUUUCAACAAUGCGCAUCGUGCCCUGGUGGACACGCUGGCUCUGGAGGAUGCGGUGAAUGUGGCACUGGAAAUGACACGCGAAGACGACACACUGCUAGUUGUCACUUCAGACCAUUCGCAUGUGUUCGCUUUCGGUGGAUACCCCAAGAGGGGAAACCCAAUAUUAGGACUAGAUGAUAAAACUUCGGAUGUAGACAGCAUGCCUUAUACAACUCUUCUCUACGCGAAUGGACCGGGAUACAACCACAACUUCCCAACAGGUCGAGAAAAUCUAACAGGAAUGAACACGGAGGACAAAAACUAUGUUCAGCAAAGUGCAGUGCCUAGACGUUGGGACACUCACGGUGGCGAAGACGUCCCAGUGUAUGCUAGAGGACCAAUGGCCCAUCUCUUCAGAGGAGUACUUGAGCAGACUUACAUACCCCAUGCCAUGGCCUACGCGGCCUGCAUCGGGCCACAAAGAGACGACUGCGAGCGAAGAAGGAGGCGUGCCUUUCAGCACAAGCAACUCAUCGAAUGUCCAUCACCUAUGAUGGACGAUUCAGCUAUUGCCAGUAGGGCGGGGCUUCUAAUUGUAUUUCUACCAUUGGUAUGGACUUGGGCAUGGUCUAUGUUCCAGGUAACAACGUGACGAAAAUACCAUCAGAUAAAAUUGAUGGUUAGCCUUACACAGAUUGUUGAGAAAUGUUGCGCGAAUUACUGAAGCGUUCGUUUGUUAUUUUAUUGAGAAUUUAGAGACAUAUAUUCGUAGUGAAGAAUCAGUCUCAAAAAAUGAGACUCACGGUUUUAAUAAUCCUUAAGUAAAAAGGAGCAACUUAAGUGAUAACUUUUGUGACUGAUGACAGAAGUAAUUCAGAUUUGAACUCAAAAGUGAAAUGGGAGGAGAAGAAAAAAGAGAAAACUUUUCACAAUAUAUGCUUCCGUAGAUUUUUGAAAACACUGUACAUAGAAAAACUUUGAUGAGUGGAAAUAUUCAACUCGGGCGUCUUUCGGUUAUGUGAAAUACUUUCAAGAGCAAGGAUUAGCAGAGAGAAGUCACGGAAUCGUUGGAUGUGCGGCAAAGCGUGAUCUCAAUUUUCAAAAUUUUGAUCUCAAAGCAUAUCAAGAUGGUAAAAAUUCUU